AUGGCCGACGUCAAGGCGGAAGUUCCCCUCGCCGAGGCCAGCCGCGAGGCCAGUGUCCCCUCCACCACGGACGAAAAGCCCAAGGAUACCAAGCUUCGCCCUGAGCGUGAACCGACCUUCAAAGACUACAUUCGAGUCUUUUCCUAUGCCACAAAAUGGGACAUUGUCAUCUACGUCUUCGCCGCCGUCUCCUCCAUCGGCUCCGGCACCACCCUGCCCCUGAUGAACGUCAUCUUUGGCCAGCUCGUCAGCCAAUUCACUGGCUAUUUUUCCGUGCCUCCGACCACCAGCAGGUCUGAAUUUGAGGCUCUGCUCGACAAGCAGGCCCUCUACAUCAUGGCCCUCUUCAUCGGCCGCCUGACCCUGACCUAUAUCAACAAGUUUUGCUUCCGCAUGAUCGGUAUCCGCCUCUCCUCCGCCAUCCGACUGCACUACAUCGAGAGCCUCUUUGGCCAGUCCAUCCACGUCCUCGACUCCAUGCCCCCUGGCGCCGCCGCCGGCACCAUCACCACCACCGCCAAUGUCCUGCAGCUAGGCCUCUCCGAGAAGCUCGGUACCUUCAUGGAGUACAACGGAACCAUCUUCACCGCCAUCAUUGUCGCUUUCACCUGGAGCUGGGAGCUGACCCUCGUCACCUCCUCCGUCCUCUUGUUCCUCAUCUUCGUCCUCGGCGUCAUCCUGCCCUUCCUCGUCAAGGGCCAGUCCGCCAUCACCCAGUCCGAGGCCAGGGCCACCGCCGUCGCCAGCGAGGCCUUUAGCUCCAUCCGCAUGCUGACGGCCUGUGGCGCCGAGGAGCGCAUCACCUCUCGCUACGAUCGCUGGGUCGACGACGCACGCCGCAAGGGCCAGGCCACGGCCCCUCUGUUGGCGACCCAGCUCGGACUCAUCUUCUUCGGCAUCAUGGGCGCCUUUGGCCUGGCCUUUUGGCACGGCACGACCAUGCGCCUGAACGGAUCCAUCGAUGAUGCUGGUGUCAUCAUCAUUGUCAUCAUGUCCGUGAUCAUGGUCGUCAUCUCCCUCGAGCGCAUCGCCACGCCUCUCGUCGCCGUCACCAAGGCCAUGGUUGCCGCCUGCGAGUUCUUCACCGUCAUCGACGCCCCCAAGCCCCCUACCGGCACCUUGAAGGAGCCCGAUGUCUCGGCCGACCAGGACAUUGUCUUUGACCAUGUCACUUUUGCCUAUCCGAGCCGCCCGCACGUCAAGGUCCUCGAUGGUCUGAACCUGCGCAUCGAGAAGGGUCUUAACACGGCCAUCGUUGGUCCUUCGGGUUCUGGCAAGUCCACCAUUGUGGGACUCAUCCAGCGAUGGUACAGCUUGAACCACCAAUACGUCAUUGCCAAGACGGUCGAGAAGGACAAGAAGAAGGAGGCGCAGAAGAAGAAGAACCUCAAGAAGGGCAUCACAGACUCGGACGAGGAGGAGCCCGUAUCCCCUCCUGAGGAGACCGGCCCUGCCAUCGAACUGUCUGGAUCCGUUACAACCUGCGGACGCUCUCUGGACGACAUUGAGCUCAAGUGGUGGCGAUGCCAGAUCGGCCUCGUGCAGCAAGAGCCCUUCUUGUUCAACGACACCAUCUUCAAGAACGUUGCCAAUGGCCUCAUCGGCACCCCCUGGGAGCACGAGUCGGAGGAAACGAAGAGGCAGCUCGUCAAGGAAGCUUGCGAAGAGUCAUUUGCCAACGAGUUUAUUGACCGACUACCUGAGGGGUACGACACGCAAGUCGGCGACAGCGGAGCCAAGCUCUCGGGCGGUCAGCGCCAGCGUAUUGCUAUCGCCAGGAGCAUCGUCCGAAAACCGAAAAUCGUCAUUCUCGACGAGGCCACGAGCGCUAUCGACGUUCGGGGAGAAAAGAUUGUCCAGGCAGCGCUAGACAGGGUUGCUCGCAACAGAACCACCAUCACCAUUGCCCACCGCCUGUCCACAAUCAAGAAGGCCGACAAGAUCAUCGUCCUGAAGAAGGGCCAGGUUAUGGAACAGGGCACUCAUCACAGCCUUCUUGAGGACGAGAACGGUCUUUACUACGGACUCGUGCAUGCUCAGCAACUCUCACUCGGUGAGCCCACCGAGGCCAACACGGACGACAGCGAAGAGGACCUCAACACCAUUCUUCAGAGGGAAAAGAGUGCGGCGUACUCCGAAGCGGAACAAGUCAACGACAAAUCAAAGGACAAGUCACCCAACCUCUUUAGCAGCUAUGGAAAGCUUAUAGUCGAACAACGCGCGCGAUGGCCUUUUUUCAUCAUUAUCAUUCUGGCCGCCAUGGGCGGCGCCUCUUCCACUCCAUUGCAGGCUUGGUUGCUGGCCCAAGUCCUGAACGUCUUCACAAUCCAAGAUCCUGGAGAGAUCCGAAGCGAAGGCAACUUCUGGUCGCUGAUGUGGGCUGUUCUAGCCAUUGGCGUCGGUGUCAGCUACUUCUCCGUCAUCUACUCUGCCGUUUUUCUACAGUACCGCAUCAGUGCUGUUUACAAACGCCAAUAUUUCGGGGCUAUUCUGUUUCAACGGACGUCCUUCUUCGACCAAGAGGAAAAUUCUCAGGGAUCACUGACAGCCAGGGUCUCUGGCGACCCCAAACAGCUUGAAGAGCUGCUUGGCAUCAACAUUGCCUUCCUUCUCAUGGGUAUGCUCCAGGUUAUUGGCGCCCUGUCGGUCGCUUUUGCUUUCGGCUGGAAGUUGGCCCUCGUUGCCACAUUCGUGACCAUGCCCAUCGGUCUGUUCUCGGCUUACUGGAGGUUCAAGUAUGAAAUGCAGUUUGAUCAGAUGAACGGCGCCGUGUUUGCGGAGAGUGCCAAGUUUGCAGCUGAGGCCAUCGGCGCUUUCCGCACCGUUUCGGCCCUGACCCUGGAGGAUACCAUCAACAGACGUUACGGAACCCUUCUCAACGAUCUGAGAAUCAAUGCUCUGAAGAAGGCGUGGCUGGCAUCGUUUAUUGUGGCCUUUGCUGAAAGCUCUGGGCUCGGCUGCCAAGGUCUCAUCUUCUGGUACGGCGGACGACUUCUGGCCAGUCGGGAAUACGACAUGGUCACCUUCUUUGUCUGCUUCAUGGCAGCUAUUCAGGGCGCCGAGGCGGCCGGACAGGCCCUCAGUUUCGGGCCUAAUGCGGCCCAGGCCAGUGCUGCUGCGAGCCGCAUCAUCAAGAUGCGCGACUCCCGGAAUCUCGACGAGCAUGCCGAGUCGGCGACCAUUCCUGACACCGAAGGCGGUGUCAAGAUUGAGCUGCGGGAUGCCCACUUCAAGUAUCCUACUCGCAACGUGUCCGUCUUCAAGGGUAUCAACCUCACUGUCGAGAAAGGCCAGUUCGCCGCCUUGGUCGGAGCGUCCGGCUGCGGCAAGACCUCCAUCGUGUCGCUGAUGGAGCGCUUUUACGAUCUGACGCAAGGCGACAUCCUCUGCAACGGCAAGAGCAUAUAUGACCUGAAUAUAUACGAGUACCGCAAGGCCUUGUCGCUGGUUGCCCAGGAACCCAACAUGUUUCAAGGCACCAUCCGCGAAAACAUUCUGCUCGGCAUUGACGGGGACGUGCCAGACGAGCAACUCCACGCCGUCUGCCGCGACGCAUCCAUCCACGACUUUAUCGUGUCCCUGCCCGAAGGCUACAACACGGACAUUGGCUCCAAGGGCGUGUCUCUUUCCGGCGGCCAGAAGCAGCGCAUCGCCAUUGCGCGUGCGCUCGUCCGCGAUCCCAAGAUUCUGCUCCUCGACGAGGCGACCAGCUCGCUCGACUCCGAGUCGGAGAAGCUCGUGCAGGCGGCGUUUGAGCGCGCCAGCAAGGGCCGCACCAUGCUCGUCGUCGCGCACAGGUUGGCGACUGUCCAGAACGCCGACGUCAUCUUCGUCAUGGGCGAGGGUAAAGUGCUGGAGAAGGGCAACCACGUGGAGCUGUUGAAGAAGAAGGGCGUCUACUGGCACAUGUGCCAGAGCCAGGCUCUCGAUCGCUGA